UUAAAGACCCAGCUAGCUUGUCCCAGAUUUCUGCUCCGUGCUUUGCUUGUGGGUUACAGCUGGAAAAAUUUAGAGGAGAUGUAGAACCAGGGCUGCAGAGAGCUCAACGCCGCUCUCUUGGUUUACACCUUCUGGACCGGGAUCUUCAUUGAAGGGUGUUCAAUGGGGCAAGUUCUGCUGGUUUUUUGGGGGGUUUUAUAGUCGUGGAGAAGGUGACCUGUUGAGGAAGGUAAGAGGCUGACCUGGGGUGACCCCUCAGAGCUUGUCUUUCCAUAUCGGCACGUUCUAGGAACGAUUCUGAAACUAUGAUGAGAAGACUUUUUAAGAGCCAGAAGGGACGUUUUUCCCUUCGCCAAGGCAGAUCUGGAUCCCGCAGCGCCUCCAAAGAUUUCUAUCCAAACCCCAAUGUGCUGAGAGAUUUUCCCCUGAAUAUUGAAUUGGCUCUUCCAGCGAAUAACCAGGGUUGGCCGGAAGAGUUUGGCUUUAAGCUAUGUGGAGAUGGACCCAGUUAUAUCCUCUCUGUGGUGGAGGGCAGCAGCGCUUAUAUGGCAGGACUGCAGCCGGGUGACCAGGUUCUGGAGAUCGACGGGCAGAACGUUUCUACUCUGAGCACGAAAGCACUCAUUGCCCUGGCUCAGACCCUCAAAACUGUGCCGCCCAGCAUCGGAGUCGUGUCUCGGAUUGAACAGAUGGACAUUUCCCCUGGGCCUGACGGUCGAUUCGGCUUCACCAUAGUGGGAGACAGCCCCCUGCUGGUGGAGGACUGCAUGCCCAACUCUCCAGCAGGGCGGAGUGGUCUCCGUGCUGGUGACUAUGUGAUGGAGGUGAACGGGAUUCCAGUGAAGCAACACGAGACCGCAGCGGCCAUGAUCAAGGUGUCUCAGGGCCGCACGCUGCGCCUGGGCGUCCUGCGUAUCAACCGCUGGCAGAAACGCACCAGCACCAGCAUGAAAGAGACGUAUCAGAGCGGAGACAUGUUCAGACAGGACCGCAAGCACAAAGCUCUGGAGUUUAAUAAAAAGGUUGAGGAGAUUUUAGGGGAGGAGCCUGAGGUGAAAGAGAGGCUUUUUGAUUUGCUGAAGCAGUAUGCAAAUGAGAGGGACGUUGAAGGACUGGCAUCCACCCUUCCAGAAAUACUGCUUACCGAGGAGCAUCAGCAACUGAUUGACAGCAUCAGGAUCUUCAUCCCUAAGAAACAUAGGCAGCGUUUCGAUGAGAUGGUCUCGCAGAGCCUCAUCAGUCGCCUGAGGGGCCGAAGUUUCAGCGACCACAGGAACAACCGUCUGCGUCGAAGCCGGAGUGAGGACCACCCCGAUCGUCUACUUUCUGUGUCCACCCGAGCCAGCUCUGUGCCACGGACAGCCAAUGAAGAAUUGGCUAUGCCCCCUACCCGCGGCCUGCGCAAGACCACCUCUCUGAUCGCGGGACAUUCAAGCUCCUUUUCAACACGCAGGACAGUACGAGUAUACAAAGGAAACCAGAGUUUUGGAUUUACUUUACGUGGGCACGCUCCAGUCUGGAUUGACUCUGUAAUACCAGGCAGCCCUGCUGAGAAGGCCGGUCUGAAACCUGGAGAUCGCAUCCUGUUUCUAAAUGGGUUGGAUAUGAGGAGUUGUUCGCAUGAGAAGGUGGUGUCCUUGCUGCAGGGCAGUGGAGCAAUGCCCAGUCUGGUGGUCGAGGAUGGGCCACCGGCCUUCACCAUGUCUGAAGUCGAUCUGGUGGAGGUGUCUCCUCGCUCCCGCGCUCCGGUGCUCAGCUCCCUGCAGUGGGUCGCAGAGAUCCUUCCUCCCAGCAUUCGUGUACAUGGCCGGACCUUCAGUCAGCAGCUCGAGCACCUCCUCACCAUCCAGGAGAGAUACACCAUCUGUAAAGCCCUGGAGGCCUUCUUCCAGCACAGAAAUGUGGACACUUUGAUUGUAGACGUGUUCCCUGUGUUGGACACCCCGGCAAAGCAGGUGAUCUGGCAGUUUGUUUACCAGCUGCUAACAUACGAGGAGCAAGAACUCUGCCAGAACAAGAUCUCACGCUUCCUUGGAUAUAAAGUCACAUUGCCAGUAUCAGACCCUGAACAUCCGGCUCAUGAGCCUCAUCGACGAAGCAGCUCAAUGAAGGUGACUGGAACCACCUACCGGAGCAGUGUGAGAGGACGUAGCUCAGAUGAUCUAGUGAUCGGCACUCAUUUGGGAAUGGGGAUCUGCACUGAUCCAGUUGAGGUUGCCUCUAUGAGACUGACCCCUGGAGAGAGACAAUCAGGUGAUGGAACUUCUCUACCAGAGACGCCCAACAAUCUGACCAAUCUGUCAGCAGUGUAUGCUGAGCUAGAGAAUGCCUAUGCAGGGAAGAGAUCGAAAUCCCUGAAAAGUCGACCUCCCCCGGCUAAUGACUCUCUGGUUAACAUAGAUGUCUUCCCGCAUGCUUCGUCGCAGUCUGUGAGGGCUCACUCUUCAUCUCCAUCUGUUAGAGCAACUUCAGGUAGUCGCAAAUCAGCCCAGCCUGCACCCCCUCCUCCUCCACAGCCUCCACAGUCUUGGACACAAGAGCCUCCCCUUAGUCCCCAGCGCCCCUGCUUCCCACCAGCUCUUCCUAACCAAACCAGUGCUGAGUCGAACCCCUACAUCAGUCUGGACAGUCCACCCCUUUCUCCACCCUCUCCUCCUGACUACCCCCCGGGUCCACCCAUUCGCAAGAAACGUUACACAUUCUCACGUCCACCUCGUACCCCGGACACAGAUUUGUUCAUGGAGGCCCUUGGUGAACAGCUUGGACAGCAGUUAUCUGUGGAUGAUUUCCUCUCACCAGAGAAUGACUAUGAAGAGGAUGUAGUCCAGAUGACCUUCCAAAAUGAGGAAGAGGAUGUAGAGGAGGAGAAGAAGAAGAAGAAGAAGAAGAAGGAGGAGGAAGAGGACGAGGAAGAGGGUCUGUACAUGCCUCCAGAGCUAAGCAGUCCAAGUGAAGUACAUAGCAGCAGUGAGGAUGCCAGCUCUCUCACCUACUCAUCCAGCUCUGAGCAAAUUCCUCCACCACCCAUGACUCCUCCACCUCCUCCCCCUGUCCAAUUCAAUGACUCCCCUCCACCUGCUGGCUUCACCCCUGACCAUGCAGCACGACAACUGACUUUCCGUCGCCACAACGGGCCUCCUCCGCCACCCCCACCAAGGGCCAACCCACCCCCAAAACGACAGUCCGUUCACAAGGUGUUGUCUACCCGUGAUGAAAUGAUGACCCAGCACCAAAUCCACCAGGAGCACCACUCACUUCCAGUUCAAUCAACAGCUGGCCAUCCUCAACAAACUCAGCAGCAGAUGCACCAGUCUCUACCCCCAAUUCCCUCUCCAGAUAUAACUCAGUCAUCCAGCCACGGGAUCUACGAGAUGCACCAUCCAACUCACCAGGCUCAUCAACACCACCAGGGUUACCAUAUGCAUCACAUUAAUCAAAAUAAACCGAGUCACCAAUCCCAAUCAAGUCAUCAAAUGCAUCAAACUCAGCAUGCGCACCAGACCCUUCUGACUCAACUUUCGAGCUCCAUGGAUAGACUGGAUAGGAUUGAACGAAAGGAACGCUCAGAUAGGCACAUCUAUGACAUGCAGCCUCAACCCUUGCAUCCGGACCACCAUGCUUAUCAGAUUCAUCAGUGUCAUCAAGGCCACCUCUCAAGCUCCAUGGACAGGCUUGACAGACUGGAACAGAUGCAGCGUUUAGAGCGACUGGAACAAAUGGAGCAUAUUGAAAGACUGGAGAGAGCGGACCAACAGAUGCAUCAGACACACAUGGCUCAAGUCGUUUCUCAAGCUAAUCACCCAUCUCAGCCAAGUCAACAACAGUACCACCACCAGAGUCACCACUCUCAACAAGCCUACACACCAACCCAACCUCCUUCAUCAACUCGCCAAAUUCACCAGAUUGAGCUUAUACACCAAGUCCAACCCAUCCAGACUGCUCCUCAAUACCACCAGAUCCAUCAACCCCACCAAACUCAACAGCCCCAGCAGAUUUUGUCCACCUUCCAGCCCCAUCCUUCACAGCAACAUCAGAUUCAGCAGCAACAUCUUCACCAACAACAACUUCAGCAGCAGCAACAACAACUUCAACAUCAACAACAUCUUCAACAACAACAACAGCUUCAACAACAGCAACAACUUCAGCAGCAGCAAGAGCUUCAACAGCAACAGAUUCGGCAACAAAUUCAGCAGCAGCAGCAACAGAUUCAGCAGCAACAACGUUCAACCCCCUCCAUUGUACAGGCCAGGCAGAGCCCUCAGCCCAUGUACCAGGAGUAUCGACAUCAUCAUCACCAUCACAGCCAUCAUGAAGCCCAGUCCCAAACUCAACCACCAGGUGCACCCCAACCUCAAAGCCACCACCCUACCAAAGGGUCUACCGUGGAGCCACCACCACCUCCACCUUUACCUCCUCCUUGCGUGCCGCCUCCUCUCCCAAAGUCCUCCCCCCAAAAAUCGGAUUCCAGUCACAUGAGCGUAAAGAGACUACGGUGGGAACAGGUGGUAAAUUCAGAGGGAACAAUCUGGGGACAGUUGGAGGAAGACUGUGAUUAUGACAAGCUGAGUGACAUGGUGAAAUUCCUUGACUUGGAGCUUCAUUUUGGGACACAAAAGAACCCUGUUUCUGCUCGAGAACCCUCGCCUCAAGUGGAAACUUUCAGAAAGAAAGAUGUGGUUGAGAUUCUUUCCCAUAAGAAGGCCUACAAUACUUCAAUCCUGAUUGCCCAUUUGAAGCUAUCACCAGGUAAGCUGCGGCAGGUUCUGAUGACAAUGUCGAGUGAACGUUUGGAGUCGGCACAUAUAAAACAGCUGCUCCUGUACGCGCCGGAUGACGAGGAGGUCAGACAGUACGAACAGUACAUAGACGACCCAAACAAACUCAGUGAGCCUGACCAGUUUGUUCUACAGAUGCUUUCUGUGCCGGAAUACAAGACCCGUUUGAAAUGUCUCCACUUUAAAACAACAUUACAAGAAAAAACUGAAGAGAUGAGGGGGUCGUACGACUGUGUUUUCAGGGCUUCGAUGGAACUCAAGAACAGCAAGAAACUAGCAAAGAUUCUGGAGUUUGUUCUGGCAAUGGGGAAUUAUCUGAAUAAUGGUCAACCCAAAACCAACAAAACCACUGGCUUUAAGAUCAAUUUUCUCACUGAACUCAGCACCACCAAAACAGUGGACGGAAAGUCGACAUUUUUGCACAUUCUGGUGAAAUCGUUGUGCCAACACUUUCCUGAGGUUCUUGACUUCGGCAAGGAGCUCAUGACAGUGCCACAAGCAGCCAAAGUGAAUGAGGGAAACAUCACCUCUGACUUCAAUGACUUACAUGCCACAAUCAAAGACAUUCGUGCAGCGUGUCAGAAAAUGCCGGCCACGGCUGAGGAUCGGUUUGCUGUUGUUAUGAGUGGGUUUCUGGAGAACAGUCACCCUACAGUUCAGUCCCUCGAGUCUCUGCAGCAGAGGGCCAUGGAGGAGUUCUGUAAAGUCACGUCCUUUUUCGGUGAGGACGGGAAGGCAACGACCACAGAGAGUUUCUUUGGCAUCUUUACAGAGUUCAUUGCUAAAUUUGAGAGAGGUCUGAGUGACAUCCAGACUACUGAUCCCUCUACGCAGCCCCAGAGUCCACGCACGACCUCUCCUUUAGCCUGGUGAAGAAACCGUCCAACACUCCAGUGUAUCUGUCCAAACUGAUGGACGCAUGUCCUAUCCGGGUCUUGUCAAGUUACAUAGUUGACUUUAUAAAAAGUUACUCUUCAUUCGAAUAUGGGACAAAUCGAAAUGAUUGUGCUUAUAAAACUAAAUAAAUGUAUAAGUAGCUCGAUUUCAGUAAUAGUAAUGCAAAGGUCGUGGAUUCAAUGCAGGGUGCAUAUGAAUCCGUCAGACCACUUUUCGUUAAAAUUUUCCACAAAACCAGAUAUUUCAGACCGGGCAGAGUGGGGUCUUAUAGGGUUUUGAAGCCAAAUUAUUUGAGUAACAUUUACUAUGUGUGGAGAGCAUUCACUCAACAUCCUAAUCUCAUUUUUGACGGAGAUGGUUUUGCAUCUAAACUCUUCAUAUUGAGAACAAUAAUGUACUGUUGAACACACUUUGCAUAAAGCACUUGCCAAAUGCAUAAAUUAUUUUGUAAAAGACUCUGGAACUUUACGCACAUUAUGUGAAUAAUUAAAUAAUGUGAUGUAAGGAAAUCAGGAAAUGGCAACCAUAAAUGUAAAAAAAGUUAACAUAAAAUAUAACAAGCACUGUCAGUUUCCUGUUUUGACAGAAUUGAUAAAUAAAUGAAGUUGUUUAGGGGAAAAGUGCUGUUCAACAGUGUGUCUUAAUUCUAUAGAACUUUACCGGCUCAAAGAUUUUUGUUGGUAACUGGUUUGGUUAAUUGGUUAAUUUUUUUUUAAUUCAAAUUAAUGUCUUAACUGAUCAAAGUCAUUCCUCAUGUGCAUACUGUUUAAAUGCAAUAUAUAAAAUAAAGAGAAUACUUUUGUGUAAUAUAAAAGAUCAAUUUAGUUAUUUUAUUGCUUUGAAUGAAUGUAAACAUAGUAGAUGAUAAUUUUACUAGAUGCCUUUGCUGUUUAUUGAAAAAUGAUAUUUUAUGCUGCUAAUCUGCUUUUAUUCCUCAUUACAAUCAAGUGGUUCUUGCUAUAUCAUUUUAUUCAUUGUACAUGUAUUGUACGUUGAAAGAUUAUAUGGGACUUUCCAAUAUUCAAAUGUAAGGCUUGUGCAAAUAUUACACACACAAAGUUUACCAGGUCUGACAAUGUCCAGAAAUUUACAGUAUAUUACAUUUAUAUGUGAAUCCAUGUAUUUAAUAAAGUAGUUAAUAUUGGUCAGAAUUCAUCCAUCUUUCCAAUUUUGAGUUUAUAAGUGAAUAAAAUGUUUUUACGAUCAAGGCCCAUUUCAUAGUUGUUUAUAUGAUUGUACAUGUUUAUAUUCUCUUUCAUGUUUAGAAAAUGUUUUUGAAUCAUAAUGUCUAACUUUCUGUUUGUUUUUAUAGUUUAUGAUUCCUAAAAAACUAAAUAUUUCAAAUGAAUGCUUUGACAUUUGGUAUUCAUUUUGGUCUUAAAAAUAAUAAAUAAAAACAAUCAAUAAUUAAUAAUAAAAAUUGUGUCAAUACAUUGACAAAUACAAAAACACCCAUAACACCCCUAUUUUGUUGAGAAAUACAUGAUCGUUAUUUUAGACUUGUAAUGUUUUGCUUUGGGUUUGUGAUGUCUAAUGAAUGUUGGCAUCAUUACUAAGUAACUGUGUAUAAGGAAUGUUGCAACAUCGCUCUAUUGUCAUCACUGUUUUGGUAAUAAAACGCUCUUACAUUUUAA